GUCGAACCCCGAUCAGACCAUUAAACCUCAAACCUCUUGCUUGACCGGCUCAAUGACUUAAACCGGUUUGACAACCUUAGUGACAACUGACAAGAGAAGAAGGUGGCGGGGGAUGGAGUCGGCCGGUUCCCCUAUUCCAAUUUGAGGGUUCCUCACCCACAUCUCAAAUCUCCUCCAUCUAAAUUUCCCAGCCACCGAAACCUCCCCGGAAGUCGCUGUCCCCACAUAAACAUCGCCGCCCAGCUCCGUUCUCCUCCAUCCAAAUCUGCCCGCCGCCAAACCAUCCCCAGAAGUCGCGAUCCGCACAUAUACGCCAGGCACGUUAUUUUUUCUUUUCCUUAUACAAACCGGAAAUGGUAGCCAAAUCCUUUCUGAACUCAAAGUACCCAGGUACCCACGGAUUAAUUAGCUUAAAUAAGCUUUGGUACUCCUCAGCAGAAACAGCAACAGCAGGUUAUGCAUCGCCAUCAAAAGAAUAAUCGGCAGGAGCCGCCGGCUCUACGACCAGAGCCAUGGCUGGUAUACUCCCACGGGAAGCAGCGGAAGUCCCAAACUUUUUACAGCUUGUUGGAACGACGUUGCCACGUCCGAAAUAUUCCUCAGCUGCGAAAUCGACGUAUCUGGGCACAUUCCCAAGGCUGGUUAGCGCUUUUUGGCACCGAUCGAAGACUAAGAUAUUGUUCAUUGUUUAACCCUGCGACCAUGGAGGAGGUUCACUUACCCAACUUCCCAUCCACUGCUAAGUCCAUCUACAACUGUGCACUUUCUUCUCCUCCUACUCGUGGUAGUGUUAAUAAUUGUCUGCUGAUGUGUAUCGAAUAUUGUGACCAAAAGAAGCAGAGUGUUUUCCACUUCUGUCAGCCGGGGGAUAAAGAUUGGACCACACAACUAGUGGAGCCGCAACAAGGUCAAUGCCGGGACGACGAGAAUGCCCAUCUCUUCCGUUUCCACCACAUCGUCAGCUUCAAUAGCGAGUUAUAUGUUGUUUCAAUGUGCUGUUACAGCCUCUUCAGGGUUCAGUUGAUGAUUGACAAACAUAGUAUUAAUGAUGUCUCAAUCAAGUUACUUGAUCUCAAGUUAAGGAGACCGGACCGGCCUUGGGCGCACUUCAUUAGGAGCACUAUGUUGAGAGCUUGCUUCCUGGUUCAGGCCUCACCUACUGAACUAAUGGGGAUUGAGCUACACUACGGUGACAACAGAGACACUGACUUAAGCCUUGAGAUUCGUGUCGAGGGCUUGAAGAUUGUUGUCAAGAAAAUUGAGCUCUACAAGGUCAACUUUCAGGAACAAAGGUGGGAACACGUGGAGACUUUGCCCGAGGAUACUGCAAUCUUCUUAGGCUCCCAUAGCGAUACAGCAGUCUUUUAUAAAAUUCCAAGAAUACCAGACUUGGAUGUGGGAGGACUUGUUCGUGGGAACACGGUGUACUUCAUGCCAAUAAGAGACGGGUAUCUUUAUGCAUAUGAUGUUGGAGAGCGAAGUAUUAGUGUCUCGUUACCGUGUCCUAAUGCUAACAGACAUGAUUAUACUGAACCAGUUUGGAUCAUGCCCCUAGGUUGCUCAUCUUCAACCAUUGGUCCUCAACGGGAAAUAGUAGCAGCCUUUAGAGAUGAUAGGGGAGACCAUGAAUACGAAAUCUUGCCUGAUGAGAUUGGUAGUGAGCAGAUUUUGUUGGCAGACAGCAACUAUAGCAGUACUGACAAUGGGCGACAUUGGUGGUCUGACAUUUCAAUUGACCUUCUUUCUGAUAUACUAUCUCGUUUAUUUGUAGCCGAUCGUUGCUUUUUUCGUCUUGCUUGCAAACCAUGGAAUUCAGUAUUCUCUAACGCUGUCUCUACAUCAUCAAAUGAUCAAUUUGCAAGGGAUCACUCAUUUCCAAUCCUCAUACAUAGAGGAUUAGAUGGGAGGUGGUCACUGUAUUCCACCCAAUAACAAGUGUUACCAGUAUCUUGUCUUUAGAUGGUUUGAGUCUGAGAGGCGCAGUCAUUCGCUGCUCCAAACACGGGUGGUUGCUAAUGUCACAAGGACGUCAGGGUGAUCAACUGUUCUUCUUCAAUCCUUUUACCAAAGAAAGGAUCAACAUUCCUAGCAUGCCAUGUGACUUUGAAGGGAUUACAUUCUCGUCCCCUCCAACAUCCGCUGACUCUAUGGUUAUUUGCUACACAGUUUGGCAGCAGCAAGUGGUGAUAUUCUUUAUUUACCGAGGGGAGCAUGAGUGGAGUCGAUAUGGAGUAAUGAGCGACAGUAUUGAUUUCAAGAGCCCUUUCAGUAAUCCAAUUUACCACAAAGGAUUACUAUAUUUUAUGGGAAAGAAUGCAGAUCUGUGCAUUCAUAACUUUGAACAAAGAGCCAACAAGAUCAUAGAGUUUCCUGCUAGAUCUUGUACUUCAAUAAGAAGAAGCUAUCUGUUAGAGUGCAAUGGGAAGCUUUUGUCAGUGUUGAUAGGCCACAUGGGGAAAUUUCUGCAAGUAUAUGCACUCAAUCAAGAAACCAUUGCUUGGAAAAAACUGGAUGAUCUCGAAGACAAGAUGCUGUUUGUGAGCGCUACUUCUGCAUUAUCAGCAACAAAUAUCAGAGAUAGGAUUUCCGGCUUGGGAAACAAGGUGUUUUUGGACAGGUUUAAGGAGAAGGAUGGUGUGUUCUAUUCUCUGGCAACAAAAAGGUUUCAUACUUUUUGGAGCGGAUACAACAAUGAUGAUUGGUGCAACACCAAAGAAUAUUUAAAUUGUACAUGGAUCGAACCAAGCUUCAAAACACACACGAAAGAUGAGCUUCAAUGGUAAUGGUUUGAUCUGUAGUUCUUGUAGAAGAAACAUCAAGCGAUUGGGAAUUCGUCCAUAACCUGUAAUCUAGAGCAGUUUUUUCUUAGUUGUUUAGGAUAUAUCUAGUAGAGCUCUUUUACUUUAGAGAUGAAUUGGAGCAAUCAAUAGAGCUAUUUUAAAUAUUUUUCAUGAUACCCACAACAGUUUAUUGACCUGUGGCUUUUCUCUGGCUUCCUUUCCCUCUUUUAUUUCUCUAACUUUGGUUUUGUGUUUCUUGAUGCAGUUGGGGUGUGCAUGUGUGAAUUAUUUUCUUGGGUUAGGGCUGUUUUCAUUUCUCAUUACAGAUCUUUGCUCCCACAUCAGUUUAUUGAGCUUGUGGUUGAUCAGUUUUCAUGCUAAUACUCUGGUUUCCUUUCCCUUUUUAAUUUCUCUUGCUUCAGUUUCCUAUUUCUUGAUGCAGUUGGGGUUUGCCUAGAUGAUUUAUUGUCUUGUGUGACAGUUGUGGGUUUGGUUGAUUAUAAUCACUUUGCCUCUCUCAUUCCUAACUUAGGAGUCCAAACUUGAAUUGUUAAUUGCGUAUCUAUUUUGUAUCUUGGGUUUUGCCUUGUUGAGGAUCUUUGCACAACUCUCCAGGCUUACAUGUGUGGCCUGCUUUUACUGUCCGCCAAUUCCCAUCAUCAUGUACUCAUUCGGUGUCAACAUUGUUUUGGGGAAGGCUUGGAUGGUGCUCUAUUUUCUAUUUGUUUCUCUAUAGUGCCCUUCAAUUUUUCUUCUUCAGCGGCAGUAGGGGAGUUCUGAUUUCUUGGGUUCUUGGAGGUCGUGUAUUUCGUUGUGGGUUUAUUGCUCUUAUAUGGCUAUUCGUGUUACUUGGGUUUGGUUCUUCGGAUUUACCUUGUUGAACAUCUUGAUCACUCUGAAUGAUGAUUUCCUCUCUUCUGGUGUUUAUGGAGCUUUCAAUUGCACUUUUGAUGAUUGCUUGGUCUGCCCUGGUGGGGCUAUUUAUUAGUUGUUUUGCAGGCGGCUGGUUUCAUUGAUUGACUAUCAGAUGUGCCUGCAAUGUAUCUCUGUGACAUUGCCAAAUCAUCCGACUUUGUGUUUAGGAAGAUUAUCCCUUUAAAUGGGUUUAAUGAUAUUUACGUUUCUCUGUGUGUUUUGAGUUGCAGUCAUCUGUACAAGAUCAGGAGACUGGGAAAUCAUAUAGCUGUGUUGAUCUUUACUCCAUGACUCAGGUGAGGUACUGAUGGACCAGUAGGUUGAGGCAAUUGUUUAAAAGGAGUUUUUGGCCGUCUCCUGCAAUUAUUGCAGGAUUUCCUCUUUCAAGGCAAAGAAAAAGUUGCGUUCCUAUUUCUAUGCCGCCACAAAGGUGCUUGUUCUUUAAAUGAUUUUGGCUGAAGGCUAAGCUGCACUUCCAUUGCAGUGUCAUUUCUGAUUUCUCGGGUGUUACUUCUACUUCUACAGGGAAAGAUGGAAAUGGAUGUAGUAUAUUUGUUUGGAACGCUUCGCCAUCGUGGUUCUUUAUGCUCUUACUUACACUACCCUGGUUUGUUGAAUUAGAAGUGCUUUAGGUAGGAGUAGGACGGAUAGACAUCUUCUGUUACUUCUUAUUUUUGAAAGAGCUGUUGGUUUCUGCUUAAGGUAUAUAAUUAUUUGUCUGUGAUGGCGAUCAGAAGAAUGUUUUUUUCUCUAAACCUCUGCGGAAAAAAUAGUUUUAAUCUGAUGGAGCGGUCUAAGCAUUCUGAACUAGCAGAUGGCUCUUAGCUAGUCCUUGCAGUUCAGGGAUGCUCUCUGUGUGCAUAUUAUGUGUUGAAAGCAUGUUUCAUAGCCUUCAGUGGUAUCUAUGUGCCAUGUUACAGAUCAUUAGUUUAACUUCCUGCUUAAAUUUGUGAAUGCGUAUCUGUUCAUUUCUCUAUGUGGUAUGAAUAAGAGUGCUAAGAAUUGAGAAAGUAACUUGUAUUAUUUAGGCGUUAUCAAUACCAAAGUUAUGAUUUUUCUCAUGAUUUGAAUGACAGCAUAAUACGUGCACUUCAUUUUCAGGUUCUUACGAAAAGUUGAACUCAUAGCCAGUGUUGAAACCUUGUCACCAAGUUUGGAUAUAAUUGGUCCAUCUUGUAGUCCAGAUAUGAGAAUUAGAGACUUGAUUUUAAGAUUAUAGUUAAUUGUUGAUGUUGUGUUUUAACCCACAGUUAAGAAAGAAGGUAUGAAACCAAAAUAAUCUAAAUUUUGUGUUUAUUCACUUUUUUGCUCAGCUGCAGCUUCUACUGUGGCCUCUCAGACCCAUUUGAUUACUCUUUCAAUGUUCCCUUGAAGGAGUAUGAAGCUUUGUGUUUUUUGUUUAAUUUUUGCUUGUUGUUUUCUUGUCUCUUACUUCCUGUCCUUUCCUCUUUUGUAUUGUGUUGACCAAUUCAUGGAGCACAAGCUGUUGGGAUAUCGUUUGUAUUAGCUUGUCCUGUUUUUUGUUUGUUCAGGAAGGUAUGAUCUUGUAGAACUCUGUCUCAGUGGUCCAAAAGAGAAGCUGGGCUCUGCUGUUAUAAGCCAGGUACUCUUCCCUUUAAGGUGCAUUUAAAAAAGUACUCUUGAUAGCUUAUUGGGAAGAGAAUAAUUGGAAAUUGAAGAUAGUGUUGUCUAUUUUGCAGCCUGCUAUAUAUGUCACAAGUCUAGCUGCACUUGCGAUCGUGAUGAUAGCCAGCAAAUAAUUGAUUCAGUUGAUGUCACUUGUGGACUCAGCUUGGGAGAAUACACUGCUCCAGCAUUUUCUGGAGCCUUCAGGUGGUAACUCAGGACAAUGUUUAUGGUAGUUCUCUAACUGGAAGGUACCUUCAAGGCGGAAGUUGGAUAAUCAUGCGACAAGAUUCAAGGGGAAUACCAUGCUAAAUUUGCUUGUCGUUUGGACUGUUUUGCUUGGGUCAAGCUUGAUAGUUAUCUUCCUCAGGAUAGCCAUGGCCUUAAGGUUUGUUCUUUCUCUACGGUUCUUUUUCUUCGUUUUUAAUUGGUAUUCUCUGGGUUUCCUGUCAGUGAGGAUGCUCUUUGAUAUCUAUGAGAAUAGUAUGGAUGCUCCAUAUAUUAUGAUUCCUUCAUGUCAUUGUGUUGUUUAAGAAGUCGCAACUCAAGGCUAAUUCGGAAUUGAUUAUAUGGCUCUAGUCUAGACAAGUUUCGUUUUCAUGCUAGAAUCAGUGAAUUGCUUUACCCACUUUGAGUUCUCUGUAAUUUGGCUAUAUAGUUAUGUAACUUUCAAAUUUCCCCUUCAUUUCUCUAAAUAACUUGAUAAUUUGGGCGGGUUUGUUCGUCAAAUUUGGCUACACCUUUUUUAUUGCACCUGACCAGUUAGCCUUAUAUCUCAGGUGAAGGACCACACAAAUGGAUAAACCCCUUACAACUUACAAACCAGUUGCGGAUUAUAGAACCGAAGGAACUGGAAUCCAGCUGUGGCCCAACUCUAUCGAGAAGGAAGACUUCCCCUAGAUAGCGGCAGAGUAUAAAGUCUUUGGCCGGGUUAUGGUGGACUUCUGGCAGCCGGAAGAACUGUGAAUAUGUUAUUGCUCCCGGCUGGAAUGAGUACAAAAACAAAUUCGGGAUGCAAAGUUGGUGACGGACAUGCAUGUCAAGGUCCUUGCUCUUAUCAUUAGAUAUGGGAGUAGGCGUAGGUCUUAUUAUGAAAUGGAUUUGUUACUAAAUAUGUUGCUUCCAGCCGAUCACAAUUCCCACACUGAAAGUUGAAACUAGAUUGUUUAAUUUGCUCCUACUUCUGUUCUGUGUAAGUGCCUGCAAUUAUACCAAAGAGGAGAAGGGGAAAUCAUAAAUAUAAUUUAAAAAUAGCA